AUGUUCAAUUCGCAGCUCAGAAUAGUUCCCUCAUUAUUCAAACGACCAUUUUCCGUAUGCAACGCAAACUUCUCCGGUCAUAAUAAAUGGUCUAAAAUUAAGGAUAAGAAGGGAAACAGCGACUUACAAAAAAGCCUGCUGUACGGGAAUGCCAAUCGAGAUAUCUUGGUAGCAGCGCGAACUGGCGGUUCCGCUGACCCCAAUGUCAACAUUCAACUUUCGACCAUUUUGAAGAAGUACAAAGACCAAGGCGUCCCGAAGGAGAACAUUGAAAGGGCGCUUGUGAGGGCGCGUCAAGGGAAGGAAAAAGGUGGGGGCAGCGUUAUGUAUGAAGCCCUCGCGUUCAACUCCGUGGGUUUAAUGAUAGAAUGCAUCACUGACAAUCCAACCCGUACAAUCCAUAAAAUACGGCACACUCUGACGAAUCACAGUGCGCGCCUCACCCCUGUUCAGUUCAUGUUUCAGCGCAGAGGUUUAAUCGAGGUGGCAUUGAACAAGUCGGCCGAGGAACGCGCAGAACAGUUGAUCGACUUGGCUUUGACAAACGGUGCAGAUGAUUUUGAUGACGUCGUUGAUGAGGAUAGUGAAGACGCAGGUGUUUUGCUCAAGUUUUCAUGCUCCCCACUCGUAUUUGCCCAAUUGUCGACUGCGAUCGCGUCACAUGCCGAACUCUGGUCAGGAAUUCGAACGAGCGAGUUGACAUACGUUCCUUUGGAACCAGUCGAACCUUCGGAGGACUUGAAGAGUCAACUAGAUUCACUUACGGAAGAACUAGAAGGGGACGAAGAUACACUACGAGUUUGGACAACUCUAGGUUCAUGA